AUGGCUAGUGAUAAUAUUGGAAUUGCCCAAGCUGAACCAACGAUCAAUUUCAGCAGGAGAGGAGAGAAGCAGGAAGAGAAACGGGGAAUUGCCCAAGCUGAACCAACGAUCAAUUUCAGCAGGAGAGGAGAGAAGCAGGAAGAGAAACGGAAAAAGAGUACUUUACAAGCCACCCAAGCCACGAUCUCUUGCGCCCAAAUAAGUAGACUGUGGCGGUGUUUAAGUUUCUCCGCUAGGGGUUGCUUUGGUGGCUGUUCCUUGCGCAACCAAGUUCAAAGGCGGCGAGAUUUUGACCAGGAAGUGAAGAAAGGGAUUGAAAACACCAGUUUUCGCAGUGGAGCAUAG